CACUGAGAACCCCACGUGACCGUCUGAGGCAAAAGUUUCCUGCCCCCAGGGGAAUGCUGUGUCAGUGCCCAGGCAAGCCCCAGAGCUGACAUCUCCCUGCCCAGCCAUGGGCCCCAACCUGCUCCUGCUGCUGUUCCUGGGACUAGCAGGCCAGGGCUCGGCUGGCAGCCUCCCUGAGGUGCUGCAGGCGCCUGUGGGGAGCUCCAUCCUGGUGCAGUGCCACUACCGACUCCAGGAUGUCAAGGCUCGAAAGGUGUGGUGCCGGUUCCUGCCAGAGGGAUGCCAGCCCUUGGUGUCGUCAGCUGUGGAUCGCAGGGCCCCAGCCAGCAGCCGCAUAUUUCUCACUGACCUGGGGGGUGGCCUGCUCCAGGUGGAGAUGGUUACCCUACAGGAGGAGGAUGCCGGAGAGUACGGCUGCGUGGUAGAGGGAAUCUCAGGGCCCCAGACUGUGCACAGAAUCAGUCUGGAUGUGCUCCCUGCAGCUCCUGGCCUGAAAGAGGAGGACGAGGAGACCCAUCAGGUCGGGAGUCUGGCUGACAUCUCCUCUUCAGAUCCUGUAGGCAGUGCCAGCCCUUUGGAUCCCAGCCGAGAUAAGAAGAGACCCUUGAUUUGGGGUGCUGUGCUCCUGCUGGGCCUGCUGGUGCUGGCGGUGGUGCUGUUUGCUGUGAUGGCCAAAAGGAAAGGGAACAGGCUUUCUGCCUGUGGACGAUUUCAGAGCAGUGGAGUCUCAGGCUCGGCCCCCUCCUCAGUGGUCCACCACAUCAGUGACUCUGGACUGGCUGCUGACUUGCCAUCGGAUGUACCAUAUGUUAGGCUUGACUCGCCACCUUCCUUUGACAAUAACACCUACACCAACCUUCCUCUUGAUUCCCUGUCAGGGAAUCAAAUCAACCCACCCCCAGCCCCAUCCUGUUUGCCCCCUCUGCCUGCUAAGGCUGAGAUCUGCUCCAAGCCUGUGACAUACGCCACAGUCACCUUCCCUGGAGGGGACAAGAGUGGAGGAGCCUCCUUCGAGCCAGCCCAGGAUCCACCUAAUAGUGAGAUUCCACCCAGCUAAGCUGUUCACCAUCCUGUAAACUCACAGAGAUCAUCCCCAGGGUUCUGUGCAGCCAUCCACGCAGUCUGUGCCCUAGAUCCUUAGGAUAUCAGAGCAACUAGGGUCUUUAGGAUCUGAUCUAAUAUCUUGACUUUUCUCACCUGGUAAGUGAUACUUGGAAUGAUUGAGGUGUCUGGGGAAGCCCCCCCCAUGCUAGUUCCUCUGCCAUUACACCACAGGGCUAAAUAAACUCUACAUGAUAA